AUGGCAAAGUAUAUAAAUGAAGGAGGAUCCUCAACAAGACCACCCUUAUUUGAAGGACAGGAUUACUACUACUGGAAGGAUAAAAUGGAGUUGUUCCUUAGAUCACAAGACAACAACAUGUGGCAUGUAAUUGAAGUUGGAGAAUAUGUUCCACCACCAGCUAAAGAUUCAACAACUCCAAGAACUUCAGAUCAAUGGACCACACAAGAAUCUGAUCGGGUACUUUUAAAUACUAGAGCAAAAUUAUUUAUAAAAUCUGCUUUGAACAGGGAAGAACAUGAUAGAAUCAUGGAAUGCAAAACUGCUAAAGAAAUGUGGGAAACUCUUCAAAAUCAUCAUGAAGGAUCAAGUUGUGUAAAAGAAACAAGGAUUGAUAUAGGUGUGAGAAAAUUUGAGUUGUUUGAAAUGAAAGAAGAUGAAACCAUAGAUCAAAUGUAUGGAAGAUUCACAAUCAUUAUCAAUGAACUCAACUCUGUUGGAAAAACCUACACUGCACAUGAAAGAGUAAGAAAGAUUCUAAGAAGUUUACCAAAAGAUUGGAGGCAUAUAGUAAUAGCUAUCACUGAAGCAAAGGAUCUCUCUCAACUCAAAUUAGAAGACUUGAUUGGAUCUCUGAAAGCUCAUGAAUCAAUCAUUCAAGAAGAUAAACCUACACAGAAAAGGAUGAUUGCUCUAGAGUCACAAGUAAUGGAACACUCUCAGAACAAUCUGACUACAGAUAAUAAUAGUUUACUUCAAGACGAUGAUGAAGAAGAAUUUGCACUCAUUUCAAGAAGAAUUCAAAGAUUGAUGAUGAAAAGAAACCAGAUAAGAAACUCAUUUCAAAGAAAUAACACCAGAAAUGAAAGUGAUUUGAGCAAGGUUCAAUGUUAUGGAUGUAAUCAAUUUGGACAUUACAAAAAUGAUUGUCCAAAGACAAGGCAAAAACCUCCAGUCAAAAAUAAAUCGAUGAUGGCUACCUGGGAUGAAAUAGAUGAAGCAUUUGAAGAAGAAGAACAACAAGAAGCAAAGAUGUGCCUCAUGACACACUCAGACACUCAAGAGGUAUCACUCGAACCUUGUGCUUCUUGCCUUAAAACUGAACAUUUAUUUGAUAACCUAUUAUAUGACUCUCAAUUUAUAACUCAACAAAAUGGUAAGCUUAGAGAUGAUUUCACUAAAAUAACUCAAGAAAGAGAUGAAUAUAAAGCUGAAAAUAUCAUUUUAAAAGAGGUUAUUUCAAAUAUGAAAAAAAGGGAUUUAUCUAAACAAGAAAUUUUUGAAAAAUCUGAGACUCACAAAGAAAAUAUUGCUUUAAAAGAAAAUGUUUCUGUCUUAGAAAAUGAUAUAAAAUGUUUUGUAAAAUCUACUGAAACUUUUGGAAAAAUCAUGGGAUCUCAAGUUAGUGUUUUUGACAAAUCUGGAUUAGGUUUUAAAACUCAUCAAAAACAAAAGCCUUUUAAAAAUUUCUUUAUCCCUGAUCAAAACAAAAAGGUUCUUAAACUAAAAAUGGCCAUGCUGAAUCAUUUUGCUAUAAAAAGAAAAGGCAACACUCUCACUGAAAAGCAGAACGUUCUCAGAAGAAUCUGCCUAAACAAUAUUCUUCUAAACCACCUUAUAAGAGAUCAUCUUAUCAAUAUAAGAAGACAUCUUAUAAGAUUGGAAAUGCUAACCUACAAGGACCCACCUCCAUAUGGGUACCUAAGAACUUAUUAA